GCGGCGCGCUGACCGCCGCCUCUCCUCCGCCCCCGGCCGCCGCCGCCCGGCGACGAGCACGGCCGUAGCUCCCCCCCUUUUCCACCCCCUUCCCCCCCCGCCGCCGCCCGCGCUCCCGCGCCGUCGGGCCCGGCGCGGCCGCCAGCCCCGGCCCGCCGCGGCGCGGCCUCCCCCGCCAUGUGAAGCGCAGGAAGAUGCGGAGGCGCAGCCCGGCCGCCCGCGGCGAGGGAUGAGCCUAGACGGGGAGAAGAUGACCGAGGAAGCCUACCCUGACGAUGACAGCUAUAUUGUGCGAGUCAAAGCUGUGGUUAUGACCCGAGAUGACUCCAGUGGGGGAUGGUUGCCGCAAGAAGGAGGCGGUCUCAGUAGAGUUGGCGUCUGCAAGGUCACGUACCCGGAGGGCAAUGGAAGAAGUGGAUUUCUAAUACAUGGUGAAAGGCAGAAAGACAAACUGGUGGUGCUGGAGUGCUUUGUGAAGAAAGACCUGGUGUACACAAAGGCGAACCCCACCUUCCACCACUGGAAAGUUGACAACAGAAAAUUCGGACUCACUUUCCAAAGUCCCGCUGACGCUCGAGCCUUUGACAGAGGAGUGAGGAAAGCCAUCGAGGACCUCAUUGAAGGGUCUACAACUUCCUCGUCAACACUUCACAACGAGGCUGAGGUCGGCGAUGAUGAUGUCUUCACUAAUGCUACAGAUAGCUCCUCUAACUCCUCUCAAAAAAGGGAACAGCCUGUACGAACUCUGGCUUCUCCUGCAUCCUGCGAACAUCGAAGAAUUUGCACUCGUGGACACCUUCACGACCAUUAUAGCUCUGACCACUACCAUCUAGAACAAUCAGUACCGCGAUCCUACCGGCACGUCAACUUUCCAGACGAUGAUGAGGAGAUAGUGCGCAUCAAUCCUCGGGAAAAGAUUUGGAUGACUGGAUACGAGGACUAUCGCCAUGCCCCAGCGCGAGGGAAGAACUUUGAUCCCGACGACAUGGACUCCUACGUACGUUUUGCCAAAAGCGAGGCCUCAAAACAUGAAUACACUUACCCUUACGUAGACAACUCGGACUUUGACCUGGGUGAAGAUAUCAAGGGUGCUGUGAUAAAGACUCAACCUGUCAAAUUCAAGCCCAGGCGGAAGGAAGAUGGGGAGAGGUCGCGGUGUGUGUACUGCAGGGACAUGUUCAACCACGAGGAGAACAAACGGGGUCAAUGCCAGGAUGCUCCAGACCGUGUCAAGACUUGCAUCCAUCGAGUGAGCUGUAUGUGGUGCGCAGACACUAUGCUCUAUCACUGUAUGUCCGAUCCAGAAGGAGACUAUAUAGAUCCUUGCUCGUGUGACACCAGUGAUGAAAUGUUUUGCCUCCGGUGGAUGGCCCUUAUCGCCUUGUCUUUCAUUGCUCCAUGUAUGUGCUGUUACUUGCCGCUUCGGGCUUGUUACCACUGUGGGGUCAUGUGCAGGUGCUGUGGUGGAAAACACAAAGCUGCUGGAUGACUACAGAUGCAUUCAAAGUGUUACGUUUCUCCUGUAGUUCAAGGAACACGUUGGUUUUGGAGCAUUGAGAUCACUCGUUUUGAUGCAGCCACCGUGCCCAACAGCAUCCAGAAACCACCAGUUUGGAUCACUUUACAUCCGAUCGUCUGGGGCUCACACUGCAUUGAUUGCUCAUCAAGUGUUCUAACUAACUAACCUACAGCAUAGACUUUUGUAUUAUUAAUCUGUAAGCAAAACAGACUGUCUUGUACAUGUUUAUAAUUUUUUUUGUUUCUUUUCAGUUAAAAUGAGUUUGAGGAAAGAACUGCUUUAAAUGGUGGUGGAUUGUAGAACAUCUCCAGGUUGUGUCCGUCUUGCCUCCGCUUGUGCGGUACCAUCAGCGUGUUUAGCAAGCUUUGGCAUUUCUAGAAACGGGGUGAUGUAGUGAAUUGAAAUCACACUUGGAAGGUAUUUUAACUUGCCAUCAAGUUAUUGUGUGUGUAUAGAAGGUGUGCUAGUAACAAACUUGUACCACGACACAGUAUUUCUGUCACUGGUUUUCUUUGGGUUUUCUGUUCUGUUUUCCAAAGCCAAAAUAGCCAUCUAAGCUGCAGUUUCUCUUCUAGAGUCCGUCGUCAUUUCCUUCAGCAAACAUCUGAAACUAUUUCUCUGUUCGUGAAGCUCUACGAACAGAAAGUAAGGCUCAGUUACCAUAGUCACAUAACCAUUGAGAAUCUGGUAGUUCUCCUUACCUGUAAUCAUUUCAGACCACUACUUGAAAGGGAAACUUAAAUGUUAGGGUUUUCUUUUUUUCCCUAAAUAACGUUGGAAAAAUAAAACUGUGUUUUCAGACUUCUGCCCAAAAGAAAGGGAACUUCUACAUUAACCAGCCAUGUAAUGAUCUGUGAAUAAAACACUAAGGUUCCAGAUGAGGAAAAUAGUUGUUUAUGCAAAGAAUUACUAACAAUGCAACGUCAAAAGCACUAUUAUGGCAAUUCUGGGGAAAUGCUGCAUUAAGUGGUGGAUUAUAUGGAAAAUAAUAUUUGUUUGCUUGUUUUCUGUAUAAUACAUGAGCAUGAGAACAUAGGCGUCCACGGUAAAAACUGCAUUUAGCAAUCUCAACAGGUAUUUCAAAUCAAAAGCCAGGAUGUUAACCACCACUUCAUUUUCCUGACCCGCAGUCCCAGUCCCCCAGAUGCUUACACAUGUCUCGAUGUAUUGCUCAUGCAGCCGGCGUUUCUGUGAGUCUACGUGUAGGAUUUAAGCGUGUGAGUCUUUGCAGGAGCCAGACCAAAGCAUCUCCCUGGCUUUCCCCUUCCCCAGUUCACCACCCAGAUUUAUCAAGUGGAUGCAUAAAGUGCAUACAGCAGGAUAAGAUUAAUUUGUUUUUGUUUUUUAACUUUUUUUGUUUUUAAAUGUCAUGUUGUCUUGUGUACAAGGCUUGUAAUUAGCUUGGAAAAAGAGUAUUUUUCUAAUAUAUUACAAGGAAUAGCCAAAUAAUUUUUAUUAAAAAAAAGAAUAAAAAAAAAGAUUUAGCGCAGUGAGCUCUAACUAGCAUAGUACAAUCUGAAUACCUUGAGGCAGCUAGGGAUUGGCUUGUCAAAGCUGGCACUGCUGUUCCUGCCAUACUUUCUUUCUGCAGUAAAUUGCCAGUGGGCGCAUGUCCUUUCCCUCCCUCUAUUGCACAUUGACAUCAGUCUUAAAAGAGAGGAAUUUUUUCUUUUUUUCCUUUUUUUUUUUCCUUUAAUUAAUUAAUUUGCCAAAUAAAUGUAAAAGGAACACUUGCCAUUCUUUCUUGGUGGAAUGUCCCAACGGUUCCUCUGAGAGUUAAUCACAGCUUUUGUUUUAGUCGACCGUGAAUUAAGUAUGCAAUGUGCUUAUACACUAUAGAGUUGGGGAGGCUUAAUUCGUAGCAGUUGCUGGGGAUUUUUUCAGUUGGGAAAAUAAAAAUGAAUGAUAGUGGAAAAGGGAUGGAGUGUUACACUCUGGGUGAUGUGUCUGGGUUUGCUGAAUGAAAUAUAAAUAUUUUGUGCCUAAUAGCAGUUGACAAAUCUCUCAAUGGUGUCUAGUAAACAUCAAGCCAGCCUCGGAAAAAAGAAAAAGAAUACAAUUAAUGGAACAACCUUUUCCUUUUAUUUCCGUUCUCAAAAGUUGUUUCAUGUAAACAAACAUCUGUAAGAUCUUCUCUCUACAAAGCACAACACUACAAAAAGAUCUUACAGCUUUUUGUCCGGUCUUGAAGUGCCCCUAUUUAUUUAAGUAGACAUACUCUAAGCCUUUCUGUAUGUCUGGAAAUAAAAGGUUUUUUUAGACAAAAAAAAAUCCCUCUUCUUUUUUUGUUUGCUUUUUCGUUUUUCUUUUUAAUCUCAUCCCCUCCUUCGUCCCUCUUCUCCUGGGUUUUUGUAACACUUGUAGAUUUUGCUGCGUGUGUUAUUUGGUUCGUGAAGGCAGUGGUGUAAGGGCACAAUGAUAGAAAUGGGUGUUUUUUUGUAAAUAUUUCUCCUUCCUUUCCACACUGCUGCUGAACAGUGUGUAGCGUUCUCCCAGUCAGCUUUGCAAUACUGACAUCAAUCAUUUGAGAGAAAUUAUUCAGAUUUUAUUUUUGUAUCUGUGGUAACAAAACAUUAACCAAUUUUUUUUCUCUCUCUCUUGUGGAAAGUUUUUGGGUUUUUGGGUUUUUUUUUUUGUUUUUUCCAAGCUAUCGCUCACGUUAACAAAUUAAAGUGCCUGAAGCCUCAUCAUUAUUGUAUCUAUAUACUAAAAGUUAAAACCCUGUUGUAUUGAUUUUUAUAAGCCUUUUUACCUCUGUGUAAAAAAAAAAUAUAUAUACAAGUGUAUGAUGUACAUUUUAGUUCUUAACUUCUUUUUUUAUUGUUUCUAAUAUGUAUGAUCAG